AUGGAUGUGGAUAGCACAGAUGCUUUCAACGUAUUGGAAGUAGUUGCACUCUUGGCAAGGACUAAGAAUGGGGUGAAUUUCUCUUACCCUCCAUGGAUUGCCCUUGCCGAAGUGCCAUCAAGCCUGGAGACCCUUGUGCAAUGCCUUGCUGAAGGCCAUACUCUUGUGCAAGAUAAGGCAAUAGAAAUUUUGUCCAGGCUUUACUCUGAUCAACAAUUUCUACCAGUGAACUUAUAA